UUGAUAAACACGUUUCCAACUACAUAUAUAGUUUAUAAUAAUAAACAAAUUAAUGCAUACUGCAUACUAUAGGGCCAGUACAAAUACCUUGAUAGUGAGAACAAAGAAAUAGUGUUAUUUAUAGUGAUUUUAUUUAAUGUUUAUAUACAUCAUUGUUGUGUUCACUUUCGUUAAAUUUACUAAAAUCAAAUAUUUAUAAUAAUUAUUACGUUACGUUAAUUUAAUAUUUAUUAAGUUCAUCAACAUCUAUAAUAGUAAUUGCAAAAUAUAAAAAUGUUAAAAGCGUCACUAAGUGAAGCCAUGAAGAUCGGAUUCAUCGGGGGCGGCAAAUUGGCCUUCGCCUUAGCGAAGGGAUUCAUAUCUGCUGGAUUGGCGAAACCCGAUGAGAUCACAGCCAGCUGUCAUCCAGCUGAUGUGGCAAGCGCUGAAGCAUUUAAGGGUUUAGGAGCAACAGCGUUGUUUGAAAACAAAACUGUUGUGGAAAGGUCAGAAGUGGUAAUCGUAUCAGUUAAGCCAGACAUCGUUGGACCAGCACUCCAAGAAGUAAAGGAUCUAACAGCAUCUAAGAACAAACUCUUCAUAUCUGUAGCUAUGGGUGUAUCAACUGCUACUAUUGAAAAAGCUCUCCCAACCGAAGCUCGAGUUAUCCGAGUUAUGCCAAACACGCCAGCUCUAGUAAAGGAAGGGGCAGCCGCUCUAAGUAGAGGCUCAAGAGCUACUGCAGAUGACGCCAAGUUGGCGGCAGAGUUGUUCAGGGCUGUGGGUACUUGCGACGAAGUACCUGAGUACCAAAUGGAUGCUGUCACUGCUCUGAGUGGCAGUGGACCUGCUUAUAUUUACAUGCUAAUAGAAUCUCUAGCUGACGGCGGCGUUAGGUGCGGGUUACCUCGUGACCUAGCACUACGGCUGGCAGCACAGACCACCCUCGGGGCAGCCUCCAUGCUAAAGACUGGCGCACACCCGGCAGUAUUGAAGGACAACGUCACCAGCCCUGCUGGGUCUACUGCGGAAGGAACAUACCAUUUGGAACAGAAUGGUUUUCGUUCAGCCGUUAUCGGGGCAGUGAAGGCGGCUGCGGACAGAUGCAAAGUGGUUAAUCAACAAUUAAAUAAAUAAGAGUAAAUGAUUGUACAUAUUAAUAGGAUAAAUUUUAUAGUUAAUAAUUAUGUUGUAAU